CAAAAGACCUUACCAUCUCUCUAUAUAAACCCCUUUUAUCUACCGCUUCUUUCACCAAAUUCUAGGGUUUCUUUUCUCUAAAAAUCAAAGAAACAACAAUGUCGACACCAUCCACCGCCACCACUGCCGCCUCCGCCGCCGAGCCCUCCUCCUCAAGUCCCAAAUUCGUGGAACUGAAAACAUCCGACGGUGAAAUUUUCCGAGUAGACGAAGCAGUAAUAUCACCAGAGUCGAAAACAAUCAAGCAUUUAAUAGAAGACACGUGUUCAUCAGAUGAAAACGGCGCCGUUACCGUCGUUCCUUUGUCGAACGUGACAGCCAAGAUCAUGGCGAAGACAGUCGAGUUCUUGAAGAAGCACCACGAGAUAUCUAGCUCUCAAGAGAUUGUUUCUCAUACGAGUACAUAUGAGAAUGAGAGUGAUCGUAAUUUAGCUGAUUACGAUAAAGAAUUCGUGAUGGAAGUGAGUGGUGAUCAAGAACUUCUGUUUGGCUUGAUAAUGGCGGCUAAUUAUCUUGAAAUUAAGAGUCUGUUGGACGUGCUUUGUAAGGCGGUUGCUGAGAUGAUGAAGGGGAAGAAACCUGAGGAAAUAAGGAAGACUUUUCAUAUUGUGAAUGAUUAUACUCCUGAGGAAGAAGACGAAGUUCGCAGGGAGAAUCAAUGGGCUUUUGAGUAGUCAACAUUUUAGGGUUAGGGUUUAUGUUAUUUCUGGGUUCUUGAUUUUGUUUUUAAUUUGUUAUGAUGUCUUUAAUUUUUCUGUUUUAAUGUCUAUUCAUGGACUUAAUGGUUUCGCAAUGCAGAUAGUAGUAAUAGGUCAAUCAUGUUUUUAUUUUUUUGUUGAUGUGAACUCACCCUAUUGACCAAAAGUUAAUACUCUCUCCGUCCUAAAAUAAUAGUCCACUUUCCUUAUUUUUUUUAUUC